AUGGCCCCGGCACAAAGAUUGGAACAAGCGGAAAGUGCAACCAGAUAUAGCCACAAAAAGUUUCAGGGCAAUCGUUAUGCCCACAAGAAAUUUGGUACCAGGACUCCAUCACCACCAGCGAUAGUAAACAGCUACCCAGAAGGAUGUCAGGAGACAGAGCUUAAAUUCCAAAGCAACAAGGAUGAGUCUAUUGCCAGCACCACCAUUAAAAAAUCCUGCUCUGCUGACAUUUUUAGGCCCUAUGCUCUGGGUGAUAAUACACCACGCAAAAGGAAACAUCAAGAUGUAGUAGAUAAUGAUGAAGAAAUUCAAAAUGGCAAGAGAUUUGCAAUCACAUCACCCAUCCCACAACCAACAUCGGUUCCCAUGGGCGUAACAUCUCCAUCCCUUGCACCACCACCACCACCCAGAUUCAUAUUUGGAGCACAGCCAAUGCAAUUUAAUCCCCAAACAUUUGCCCUAAUGUUUCAGAAACAACAUGCGGCCCUAUGCAUGGGACAAAUGCUCAAGAGAUUGACAUAA